AUGAUGGUUUACCCAUAUGCCUUUGCUAUUGUGUCUUCUGAAAACAAAGACAAUUGGUUUUGGUUUCUGGAUAGUCUUCAACAACUGGUCGAUGAUCGUCCGAUUGUUUUCCUUAGUGAUCGUCAUGAAGGACUUUUGCAGGGCAUUCCAAGAGCAUUUCCUGGUUCAUAUCACAGCUAUUGCUUUUACCACAUCAAGUGCAAUCUCCCUAUUGGAAAAGGUGAUGCGAAUUACAAUGCCGUUAUUGAUUUGUUUUACAAAGCUGCUUACUCUUACACAACAACGAACUUUGAAGAAGCUUUGCGCGGGAUGCAUGCAAUUGGUUGUGGACAUGUUGCUAAUUAUCUCAGGACCAUUCCAAAGGAGAAAUGGGCAAAUGCAUUUUUCCCUGUAUGCAGAUAUGCUGCUCACUCUUCAACUAUUUCCGAGUCAUUCAAUAACUGGAUUCUUGAGUUCAAAGAGUUUCCUGCUUUUGCUCUUCUUGAUGCAAUACGUUUGAAGGUUAUGCAGAUGAAUUCUAAGAGAAGGGUAGAAGGUCUUGAAAAUUUUAACACUAGACUCACUCCCGUAUACGAGGAUAUACUAAAAGAGAACAUCAACAUUGGUCGUACUUGGACUGUUCUUGAGUCUAAGGAAAAACUGUAUGAAGUCAGGUCUCCCCGCACUCAUUCUGUAGACCUGUUGGAGAGAACUUGUUUGUGUCACAGGUGGCAAUACAACAGGACAUACCAAGAGAUCAUCUUGCCAAUCCCCAAUUAUGACAAGCCGCAGUCUUAUGAUACUAGUGAUAGGAUUAUUGUUCCUAUUCUUGUGCCUCCACCUGGCAGACGAAGAGAACAUCGUUUCAAGAAGGCUUGGGAGAAGCAAAAGAGGCCUAUGAUGUGCACAAAGUGCUUCACUCUUGGUCACCAAAACAGAGCUACCUGCCCCAUGCCUUGA